AUGGCUCGUGGCAAGGAUAAGAAAAAGCGUAAAUUAGAGAAAAAGCAAGAGGGGGAUGAUGUUCCCAAGAAAGUUCCCCAUACUUUGGAGUCUUUACGAGAGAAAGAUGAAACAAUGCUUGCAAAUGUGGAAGAUGAAGAAAAAGAGGAGGCACAAAAAGACAUGGAAUUGGACGAGCUUUCAUCAUAUUUUCAAAACUCUUAUGAGCCUAAAGUACUCAUCACAUACUCAGACAACCCACACACAAAGACUCGGAUAUUUGGCAAGGAACUGAUGAGGAUAAUCCCUAAUUCAUUGUCUCGUUAUAGACAGAGGUCGUCAGUUAAACGAAUAGUUCAAUCGGCAAUACGCGAAGGAUACACGGACGUGGUCAUCAUAAAUGAAAACCAGAAGCAGCCAAACGGGUUCCUUCUAAUCCACUUGCCGGGCGGCCCCACCGCUCACUUCAGACUGUCUAGCUGCAAAAUAACCCCUGAACUAAGGAAGGACUACAAAGAAAUCACCACGCACCGGCCUGAGGUGAUAUUGAACAACUUCAGCACCCGCCUGGGCCUGACCGUGGGUCGGAUGCUGGGCGCCCUGUUCCACUAUGAGCCGCAGUUCAGGGGCAGACGCGCCGUCACCUUCCACAACCAGCGCGACUACAUAUUCUUCAGGCAUCACAGGUACGAGUUCACUGCGGACGGGAAACGCGCGAAGCUCCGAGAGCUGGGCCCCAGGUUCACCCUGAAGCUGGUCUCGCUGCAGCAGGGCACCUUCGACUCCAAGCGAGGCGACUACGAGUGGAUAAUCGCCGGCCGCCGCCAUCUGAUGGAGACCUCCCGGAGGCGUUUCUUCUUA